UGUCAUCAUCACAAGUUUACAACACACUAGUAAAUCAUGGAGAAUCCUCACGCCGAACGACAAGCAGUGUUACUAGAGCGUAUUCUCAAGAACGCUUCAGCGUGCACGGAGAUGAUCCUCGAGCUGAAUCACUGUGUGGAGGAAAUACUUCGGGCCAAUGCUUCUGUAAAGAUUGCAGCAGAUUUGACGACGAAAUACCGCAAAAAUGUUCAGUAUAAUCUAGCAGCGACAACUUUGCACUCAGAGGCUCCAUAACCAUCCAAGUUGUGGAGGUCCGUUUACACUCACACCGGGUUAUAAAACGUCUUCGAUUCCCAUUAAAUAGUGUCCAAGAGUACGAUAUCGAGUCGGUGAUCGUGUCGCCCACGGGAGCUUCAAGAUAGUUUGUACUCACAUUCUACCAAUCACUUAAUUGCGCAGCUAUCCGGAGUUACUAGUAAGCUAAGCCUACUGCCUGCUACAGAUGGGCGUCCCUGUUACUGUAAUUUCCUUAUUUGGACAAUGCACAUUUAGCUUAUUGUUGUGUGCGUUCCUAUUGUUUUUACAAU